CUAAAAAAAAGCUAGUAAGAGAUAACCAUUUCUCUCUUUUUUUUUCUCUUCUUCAAACUUCAAUUCACUAACGAGAGAAAUGGGAAGAGCUCCAUGUUGCGACAAGACAAAAGUGAAGCGAGGGCCUUGGUCGCCUGAGGAAGACUCUAAACUUAGAGAUUACAUCGAAAAGUAUGGUAAUGGUGGAAAUUGGAUCUCUCUCCCCCUCAAAGCCGGUUUGAGGAGAUGUGGGAAGAGUUGUAGAUUGAGGUGGCUAAACUAUUUGAGACCAAACAUAAAACAUGGUGACUUCUCUGAGGAAGAAGACAGGAUCAUUUUUAGCCUCUUCGCUGCCAUUGGAAGCAGGUGGUCAAUAAUAGCAGCUCAUCUACCGGGAAGAACAGACAACGACAUCAAAAACUAUUGGAACACAAAGCUAAGGAAGAAACUCUUGUCUUCUUCUUCUUCCUCUCAUUCAUCAUCAGCCAUGGCUUCUCCUUAUCUAAACCCUAAUUCUCAGGAUGUGAAAAGACCAUUAACCCCAUCAACAACAAUCCCAUCUUCUUCUUACAAUCCGUAUGCUGAAAACCCUAAUCACUACCCAACAAAACCCCUCAUCUCCAGCAUUAAUGGCUUUGAAGCUGAUGAAAAACAGAUCCUUCCCUAUAUUAGCCCUAACUAUCCUCAAGAUCUCUCUCUCUCGGACAGCAACAACAACACCUGGUACGCAAGUGGUUUCUUGCUCAACCACAAUUUGUGUGAUCACUACAACAAUCACACCAGUUUCCCCUCAAACGUCAAUGGGAAGAGAUCAGAGAUUAUGAUGAAGCAGGAAGAAACAAUGAUGAUGAUGAUGAUGAUAGACCAACACAUUGACCAGAGGACAAAAGGGUACAAUGGGGAUUUCACAUCAAGGGUUCAUCUUCUAGUUCGAUAAGCAACCUAGCUGAGAACAAAAGCAGUGGUAGCCUCCUACAACACAAGUGCUUGCCCUAUUUCUACUCCUAGUUCUUAUAGACUCUCUUAUCUUCUUAUAUAAAUAUAUCUUGGACUGACUG